CCCAACGGAUGCAUGCCGCACUAUGCACCACCGAGCUCCUGGAGCUCAUCUUCUCUCACGUUUGCGAGAAAAAGUUUCUGAACGCUCUCGCGCGCACAUGUCGGGCCUUCCUCCGACCUGCGCUCGCCCUGUUGUGGGAGCGGAUCGUCACACUUGAGCCCUUCAUCUUGCUUCUACCGGAGUCGAAGAGGUAUAGGGAUAGUGAGACCCGGAUAACCACCAUCGACGACCUCACGCCCCCCGACGUGUCCCGCGCGCGCUUCUACGCACCCUUCGUUCGCGAUCUCGACUUGCGCAACAGCACCAGCAGCUUCGAGGUCGAUGGGCCAUCUGUCGCACGGGUCGCCCGUGCGCUGUGUGCGUCAGGCUUCUGUUCCCCAGGCGACAAGUCUGCCAACCCGCGCCAACACGCACCCUUCAUCUUCCCCAACCUCCGCACCUUUAGCCUCGUAGCCGGGUACGCGGACUCCCUCCCCGUGCUCUUGGCGCCGUCCGUGACAGACCUCGAGCUCAUCUUGCAUCAUCGGAGUAUGGACGUCGAGGAGCUGUAUCGGACGAUGGGGGUAUUGCUCGGUGGGGUGUGUCCCAGUCGGGGAGAUGGGAUGGCGCUGGGCGAGCGCGACGGGGUCCUCGCUGGGCGAGGGGGCCCCGACGGACUCGCGGUUCGUUCUCGGCGCGGGUGCUUUCCCCCAUCGGUCAAAAAGCUGCACGUUGUGCUUGACUAUCCGGAUAACCAGAACCAUCUGUUUCGCGAGUUGCUGGCGCGCCGCGGGGAUGGUACCCGCUCGCACUAUGGGGACAGUACACCCUCGCUCUGCGGGGACAGUACCCGCUCGCUCUGCGGGGAUAGUACCUCCUCACCCCUCACUGAUUCCAUCUCCUCCCACCCCAAGGACGACAUACCCACCCUCCCUGGCGACACCAUCUCUCCCCACCUAAAUACUAGUAUCACGUCGCGCCUCGGCGACACCCUCCAAUCCCUCGUCAUCGACUUCUCGCACCUGGACACCGCGACGUUGCGCGCCAUAGCCACCAUGCCCAGCCUCGAGCACCUGGAGGUCUACGGUGGAUAUCGGGCGCAUUCGUUUGAGCUGGACGAGUCGCUAGAUACCUCCCCGGCGACGAGGACGAUCGCAGAUACCUCCCCGGCGACGAAGAACAUCGCCCCGCGCCUCAAGUCCCUCGCCGUCGACAUCCUCACCCCGGGCGUCCUCGCGCCCUACAUCAGCGGCGCCGUCCUCCGCAUCCUCGACCCACCCGCGCUGACGCACCUCACGAUGGAGCGGAUUCUGAGUCCGGGGCAUAUGCGGCAGGCGUGCGCCGACAUCGCAUGCUCCUCGGCCGCCCGGACACUCACGCACCUCACCCUCACCGGAGACUGGACCGACACGAGUGUUUCCCCUCGCGACCUGCGCGCGCUCCAUGUAUGUCGCGGUUUGGAAGAGCUUGAGCUGGUGUGGCUCGAGAUCAGGUUCGGGGUGGGGGGUGUUCGGCGGAUGGGCGAAGUGCAGCGGAUGGGCGAAGUGCAGCGGAUGGGCGAGGGGGGGAGUAUCAGGCUCGCAGUGCAGAAUAUGUAUACCAGUCUCGAGGAGAACAUGGAUACCAGCCUCGAAGAGGCGGUCAUGGAUACCAGCCUCGAAGAGGCGGUCAUGGAUACCAGUCUCGAGGAGGAGAACAUGGAUACCAGCCCCGAAGAGGAGGAAAUUCGGGAGAUGGGCGCGGCGUGGCCGAGGCUGAGGCGAUUCGCGGCGAGGGAGGUGGGUAGAGGGGAGGGGGAGGGGCGCGCACGCGAACUCCACGCAGCGGAGGGUGUGGGCGGUGCGGACGCGCUGGGUGGGGGCGAUGCGGACGCGGCGGGAGCGCGCAACGGUGGCCCGCGAGGGGCGCGGCUCGCCGCGUUCGCGCGGUACUUUCCCAAUUUGGAGGAGCUUGAGGUCUAGGUCGAUGCGCGGGCGGCACCCGGUGGUACGAGGGCGGCACCCGGUGGUGCUAGCGCUUUCUACUUCUCCCCCUUUACUGCCAUCUCCUUCCUCUCCGCCGUCGACCCCUCUCAUUCCCCCCCCC